AUGUUCUGGAAAGCACCACUUCUUAUCCUCGCGGCGGCGACAGGCAUCCAGGCCGACUUUAUGGUGUACACCGAGCCUCCAAUUCCCACAUCCGCAAUACCCUCAUUCCCAAACCCAUCGGACGCUGCCAGUUGGACUACUUCCGUCUUCCUCAACGCACGACUCGCUUACGCGUCUUUCACAAGGUCCCUCGGCGAGCCCUAUCAAUCCUCCCUCACCUCCGCGCGCUCGGAAAUCGACGCCUUUGUCUCAACUGCUUCCAACUAUAGCAUCCCUCCUGAAGUUACCAUGGCCGAUGAGACACCAACAUUCUUUUCCAAGCCGGACUGGUAUACUGCGCUGCCGAGUCGCGCGAGGGCCUUCAAGGAGCAGCAGGUUAGCGACCAGUUCAGUAUCGUACGAAAUGUCAUUGCGGCGCGGGUUACAUCGGCGAGCUCGACGGGCGCGGCGAUGCCGACAGCAGUUCCGGGGCAGUGGUUCGGCGCCGAGUUCGGCGUCAUGGCUGCGGCCGCCGCCGCAGCAUUCUUGUGA